UUCUUGCUAGGGUUAAGUUCUCGAGCCGCUUCUCUCUCUCUCGUUCUAUCUCCGUUGUUCUUCUUCCUCUUCAAUGGCAGGCAUAGCGCGAGUGGCGAGAUCCUCGUCCAUCUUCGGCGUCGGAAGAUGCUCGUACUCCACCACCGCUUCUGCUGCGUCUGGUACUGGUCUACGCGCCGACCACGCGCCGCCUUUCCUUCACAGCGGAGGAGUUGCGAGAGACGUUUCGAAAGAUAGGAACGUCCAGUGGGUGUUCCUGGGUUGUCCUGGCGUCGGAAAGGGCACGUACGCGAGCAGACUGUCGAGUCUCCUCGGUGUUCCUCACAUCGCCACCGGAGAUCUCGUCCGCGAGGAGCUCGCUUCGUCGGGACCUCUCUCUCAGCAGCUGUCUGAGAUCGUAAACCAGGGGAAACUGGUUUCGGAUGAGAUAAUUAUCAAUUUAUUGUCGAAGAGACUUGAGGCUGGUGAUGCCAGAGGUGAAACAGGGUUCAUUCUUGAUGGGUUUCCUCGAACCAUUAAACAAGCGGAAAUUCUGGACGGUGUAACGGACAUCGAUCUAGUGGUGAAUCUGAAACUUCCGGAAGGAGUUUUGGUUGAAAAGUGUCUCGGACGAAGAAUCUGUAGCCAGUGUGGCAAGAAUUUCAAUAUUGCUAACAUUGACUUCAAGGGCGGGGAUGGAAAACCCGGUAUUAGCAUGGCGCCUCUCCUUCCUCCUUCACAUUGUACUUCAAAGCUCAUUACCCGGGCAGAUGAUACUGAAGAGGUUGUGAAAGCGAGGCUUCGUAUAUACAAUGAGCAGAGCCAACCUCUCGAAGAAUACUACCGUACAAAGGGUAAGCUUUUGGAGUUUGAUCUUCCGGGAGGUAUUCCGGAAUCAUGGCCGAGGCUUCUAGAAGCUUUAAGCCUCGACGAUUACGAGGAGAAACGAUCUGCCGUGGCAUAGAUCGUAAUCAAAAUCACGGUAAACUUAAAUUCUUUUGCAUGUGGAAGACAUGCGUAAUCAAUUUUGCGUUAGAAUAAGAAAAACAUGAUUGGUUUUUUUUCUUCUUCCUCCCUCGGACAAAAAUAACACUUGCAAACUCAGUGUGAUCUUACAGCGGACUGUUCGUGGAGCCGGGAUCAGGCUCCAUAAGAGAAACAAACCUAUUGUAUGUCUUUGAUUGUAUGACAUUUGAGACUUACAGGAAUGUAUACUAUCAUUUUGGGUAUAUCCAUCGAUACUAUUUUUAUUUUUGCAACUGGCCGAGCUGGCUGGUUAAAGCGGUGACCAGACAGUAAGUAAAAACAGUUGCUUUACAUCAAAAGUGUGUUUGGAACUGAUAACCAGCUCUUGUCCGUCGGAGAUUCCGCGGUUCAGGAUAGUUUUGUUCCGUACAUUGUCG